AUGAGUUGGAGUUUUCUGACCCGUCUGUUAGAGGAGAUCCACAAUCACUCAACCUUUGUUGGCAAAAUCUGGCUGACAGUGUUGAUUGUAUUUCGGAUUGUUCUAACUGCUGUGGGAGGAGAGUCCAUUUAUUACGAUGAACAAAGCAAGUUUGUGUGCAACACGGAGCAGCCGGGCUGCGAGAAUGUUUGUUACGAUGCUUUCGCUCCUCUUUCGCAUGUGAGGUUUUGGGUCUUUCAGAUCAUUCUCGUUGCCACUCCAUCUGUGAUGUAUUUAGGCUAUGCAAUUCAUAAAAUUGCCCGGAUGGUGGAACACAGCGAAGCCGACAGAAGAAGCAGAAGCAAAAGUUUUUCCAUGCGCUGGAAACAACACCGUGGCUUAGAGGAAACUGAGGAGGACCACGAGGAAGACCCGAUGAUGUACCCAGAAAUAGAGCUGGAAAGUGAACGGGAGAAUAAAGAGCAGCAGGCCCCUGCCAAAGCUAAGCAUGAUGGCAGGCGGCGAAUCCGGGAAGACGGACUCAUGAAAAUUUAUGUCCUGCAGCUUCUGGCGAGGACUACGUUUGAAAUCAGCUUUCUCGUGGGUCAGUAUUUUUUGUAUGGCUUUGAGGUCAGCCCCAUAUUUGUGUGCAGCAGGAAGCCGUGCCCGCACAAAAUCGAUUGUUUCAUUUCAAGGCCAACCGAAAAGACCAUUUUCCUGCUAAUAAUGUAUGGGGUGAGCUGCAUGUGUUUACUUUUGAAUGUCUGGGAGAUGAUCCAUUUGGGAUUUGGCACAAUCCGGGACACGUUGAACAACAAGAGAAAAGAGCUGGAAGACUCUGGUACCUAUAACUACCCUUUUACUUGGAAUACACCGUCUGCUCCUCCUGGCUAUAACAUCGCGGUCAAGCCAGAGCAAAUGCAAUAUACUGAACUGUCCAACGCCAAAAUGGCCUACAAACAGAACAAAGCCAAUAUAGCUCAGGAACAGCAGUAUGGAAGCAAUGAAGAAAACAUUCCUGCCGACCUGGAAAAUCUGCAGAGGGAAAUUAAAGUGGCUCAGGAGCGCCUGGACCUCGCGAUCCAGGCUUACAACAACCAAAACAAUCCCGGCAGUUCCAGAGAGAAGAAAUCCAAAGCAGGCUCAAACAAAAGCAGUGCCAGUAGCAAGUCGGGAGAUGGGAAGAACUCUGUCUGGAUUUAAUGUUGGCUGAGUUUAUAUAUAGUGUUUUUUCUCCUAGUUUAUCAUAACCAGCAACCCCUUGAAUAAUGGCUUCCAUUAAGUAAAUAUUUGACUCUGCUUAUUUUCAGGGAUACCGUUGGCUAGUGAUUCAACCUCUCAGAAAGGGUUUAUUCACAUACUCUAGGAUUAUAGAACUUUAUUCUUCUGUCUUCCAAGUCAGGAGACAAAUAGUUAUAUUUAAAUCAUUCUCAUUGAACGGUUUAUGCUGUAUGUACAGUAUUAUAGUACAUUUAUUAUGCACAAUUUUUUGUAUUUGUACACUGGAUCUCUGACGUUACACUUUUUUUAUAUUAACGAGGAGAAAGCAAUGGGUAGCUGUUAGCAUUUUGCUAGUUUUAUUA